AUGGGGCUUAAGCUUGGGUGGGAGCAGAUGGGGCAUGAGCUAGGGAUUUGGGGCUGGGUAUCCACUACACACACCCUGCCCCCCCCGUAUCCCAGUCUCUUAAAAAGCCUUCUCUGGCCUGGGGCCGGGGCAGAGGCCAGCGGAGAGGUGGACGGGAUCCAGGGGAGGGGAGCAGGGACAACGAUGGACCAGGAAGAGGAGGAUGUGGGCUCAGCCUGCAGCAAGGCUGGCUCCCCAGACCAGGAGGGCUUCUUCAACCUGCUGAGCCACGUGCAGGGCGGCCGGAUGGAGGAGCAGCGCUGCUCGCUGCAGGCGGGGCCGAGCCCAGCCUCUGACAGCCAGAGCGGCCCUGCACCCGAGAUGGACAGCCUCAUGGACAUGCUGGCCAAUACCCAGGGCCGCCGCAUGGAUGACCAGCGAGUGACGGUCAGCGCCCUGCCUGGCUUCCAGCCUUUGGGCCCCAAGGACGGAGUGCAGAAACGAGCUGGGACCCUCAGUCCCCAACCCCUGCUCAGCCCUCAGGACCCAGCUGCUCUCAGCUUCCGUCGGAACAGCAGCCCCCAGCCCCAGACACAAGCCCCCUGA